AUCAAAGUUUGGCAUCUCUCCUCCUCCUCCUCCUCCUCCUCCUCCACUCGUGUCUUUUCUCUUUCAUUUAGCCAAUAACUGUAAACUUUCCUGUAAACUGCCUACUCAGACCUCUCCACCACUCUUCUUUUCUUCUUCGGUGGAUUCUUCUUCUUCUCUUUCUUCCCUAAAUCUAGAAUUCUACUUGUUUUUUUCUUCUCUUCUUGUCGGUGGAUUUGCUUAGUCUCAAAGUCCUUGAUUAGUCUUCUUCUCUGGUGUUUUGUCUGAAUAAAGGUACAAGCUUGGAGUUAAGGAUAUUUAUUUCGAGUUAUGUCUGGAAACCAACAGCCUCAGAUCAGCAUGCCUACAUGGCGGUGCAGAGACUUUAAUGCUGCUAUUCCAAUCAAGAAGAGGAAGUACUUUGUGUUACCAGAGGAAUCACCUUUGGAAAAAAAUACAAAACUUAAUGAACAAGGUGAUGAUACUAGGAGUUUUUUGGAUUUGAAUUCAUCUGAUGAUGCUCAUGUACAUCAGACAUUGAUUGGAAGUUUAAUCCCUUCGGUUCCGUCUCUUUCUGUGGGAAAAGUUGCUGAUAAAACGGAGAGUAUUGGGAGCCUAGUUGUUAACCAAACUAGAGUGAAAGCCGAAGAGCCUAAUAUUCCAAUUCCCUCCAGUCCCUUGGCAGGCUCUGUGGUCCCUUUCAGUUCUAAGUUGAAUGUAGAACAAACUGUUCUUAAGACCCAUGACAUUGUUAGUAAGGGAGAGUGUCAAACAGAAGCAUCUGCUUGUAACCCUGAAAACAAUUCUCCAUAUUUGGAGAACAAAGAGCCUUCAGCACUGGAUUUGUCUGUAAGCAAGGGAGUUUGUGCACCUCAUGUCACAGAUUCUAUUCCUACUUGUACUAGUUCUGGCAAUCUCAGUGGUGUGAACAGAUCAAAUUGGGAUUUGAAUACUACCAUGGAUGCUUGGGAAGAUGGUCUAGAUCGCAAGACUAGAGUUAAGACAACUGGUUCUUUCUUUGACAGUAGUUGCCCUGACAUAGAGACAUCAAGUUGUGGUGAUACGACUGUUAUUGCAAAGCCAGUUUCUGAAAAACUGAAGGAAAGUGUAGAAUUUAAAUAUCCUACAGUGACUUCGACGCAGUUUGAUCGUCAGGUUGUUCCCACAUGUUCGCUAAGUCUAGGCCUCAGGUCAUAUCCUCCUAUUGAGAAGUCUCCUUCUCUAUCAGCCACCACAUCGGAGGCAAGAGUUGCCUGCACAAGUGUUUCUAGACCAAUAAUGGCUGCUGAUAAUGUGAACUCUGUAAAUCUUAGGACUGUGAAGUCAGAAGUCGUUGAAGAGAGUGCUCAAGCUUCUCCAAUUAACAGGAUGAAAGAGGAGGUCGUUGGCAGUUUGAAUCCAGUGGAUUCUAGAUCGAUAAAGGCUGAGCCAAAUAACUUCAUUCAGUCCAAAGUUUUCAAUAGGAAAGAUGGAACGUUGAAUCUUCCCCAUAGACCAAUGAUGCAAUCAAAUGAGAUCCUUGAUAUACUUGCAAGUUUUGCGCCAAAUCAGAAGGAUACAUAUAUACCUCAUCCCAGUGGUGUCAGCAAUGCGCCAAUGUCCAUGAAUGGAAUGACAAGAAGUCCAGGCCAGAGUUCUGAUCUCGGUGUAGUUCACAUGGCUAAUGCACGUUCUGGUCAUGGAGAAGAGAACCUCAAUGCAUCAGAUGUGAAUGUUUCCGUGACUGAAGAUAAAACUCUAGAUGAUUGCAAAACCUCUCCUGGAGCUAAUGAACUUUCUACAAGUGGUGAAGAAAAGGUUAUUUUAUCCGGUAAGGAGCUAAGGGAAAAGUUGUACAGUUAUGAGUUUGAACCAGAGUGUGGUAAUGACCUAACUAGAGUACUAAAGAAGCAAGUGGAGAAAAGAAAUUUGUAUGACGACGAGAAGGUCCAAAGAUCACCUGCCAUGUUUGCAGAAGGUAAUAGACAUGCUGAGUGUGGUGGUUCUGAAACGGAACAAAGGGAUGAAAAAGAGAGUCAAGCUGCACUUCUUAGUAAUACAGGUGUGUCUACAUUGUCAGGUGGGAAGGUUGAUAACCCUGAAACAGUAGAUAACAUCAGUCCAGCUUCAUACAAAGCAGAAAUGUCCACUAUUGACAAUGAUCCUCCUCCUGCGGAGUCUAGUGAAGGUAGUCAGAGUCGGUUCAAGACACUAGAUGCUUCAGACAGCUUUGUGCCAUUGCGAAUGGAAAGAGAGAGGUUGUCUGAUUUCUCACUUGAACAGAGGAAAUAUCUCUCGAGAGGGAGUGAUGAUGAUUCCUACAAAUUCUCGCGUGAGAGGUACCAUGGCAAAGCCAUGAGAAGCCCAAGGCUAAAUUUCAUGCCUGACAGAAGGAGAUUUUCUGAUAAUACAGAAAGCAAUUUGCAGGACCGAGAUACAAAAAGUAAACUCAUAUCUUCUAAACUUUUAUGUGAUCUAGAGCUCUGUGAUCUUCGCUUGUGGUGUCAUCUAGAGUUUGUUGCCUUUCGUGCUGUGAUUCAGAUUUGGCCGUAGCACUGUAAGUGAAUGGAUAUACAAGUAAAGGAAGAUGGUGCUGUGUAAAUAUAUGUGGAUAUUUUUCAGGCUUGCUCGCAUUCAGGUGGUUUAAGCAGAAGUAGAACGUGACUGAUAUAAUAGAUAUGAGGCGAGGAACGACUAGGGUGAGACGCUUACCUCUUGUCGAAAUACAGGCCAGGCUUUGAGCCCAACAAAACUUUACCGACGAAAAAAACAGGUUUUGAUGAAUGAGUCUCUUUGCCAAAGCACCAGAGUGCAAAACUCUAAGUAACCGCCACGAUGUGGUUGAGCCAUGACUGUUUUUGGCUUAAAACAUUCACUUUCAUCUGCCAGUGACCAGAUAAUGAAUUCUUCUAAAGAUAACUUCAUCAGUUUAGCUGUAGGACAGCCAAGAGGAUUAGUAAGUACACAUCUUUGUGGAACUUGAAGUAUAAGCUAAACCAAGCCUGCUUGAAAUGUUGAAACAACCGCUGAUUAUAUGCUGGUAGAACUGGGUUUACUGGCCAUGAAAAAAAAAAACACACACUGGAAACUGCUAAAGGUGUACCAGCCAUUUGGGUCUACUGGUUUGGUAAUGGUUCCUCAUUUUUCUCAUUUAAGUGAGUUCUAACUUCGAAUGUACAAUCUCACUCAAGGAAAGGAAUAUUUCUGAUUGACGCUUAUGCUUUCUCCAGCCUAGGCAUCUGGAUGAGUCAUGCCAUGGAACUUUAGCAUGGUAUAAUCUGUAUAUGCUGUUAAUGAGGGCAUAAAGUUUUGGGAACUAGGAGAGAGUCCAGCAUUCUGAUUUGGAAACGUGUCUGAGUUUGUAUUUACUUCUUGUUUCUGAGACAAGAGAUUGAAGUUUUUAGAGGAUGGUGUAUUAAGAGUGAUGAGAGACCACGUCUUAAUCUUGACAAGGUUAACAUAUCUGUCAGCGUACAUGUAAUCUGAUCCUUAAUGGAUCUACUCAAAGCAACAGGUUAUAAUGUUGUGGAAUGUGUAUGAUAUAUAUAAUUCAAGUAUGUAUAUAGCCAAGUAGUUGACCUCCU